AUGAGCAAUGAUGAUCAUUUAAUUGUAAUUCUACCAGCCAAUGGAUUAAAUAAUGAAAUGGUUAGCGCAUUGUUUAGUGAAUUUUCAGAAAUUCAAGCUUGUAUCUUUGAAGAUGACCAACUUGGAAAUCGAAUUUGCAAAGUUUAUUAUUCUUCAAGCCACGCUCCAGGUAAAGUAGUCAAAAAACGAAACGAUAUCGAAAUUAAUGGUACAAAACUUUCAGUAAUGAAAUAUUGCGAUUACCAAAAUAUGAUUGCUACAAAAUCUAUUCAAAAAGAAGAAGAAAAGUUAGCUGAAGAUACAGAGACUGAAAGUGAUGAAGCUGAUGUAUCAGACAGUGAUAAUGUUGCAGACGCACCUAGAAUACUUCAACAAAUACAAAAUUAUACUAAUAAUGCUUCAACGAUUGAACAGAAAGACGAACCUACAAACUUACCUAAGGAAGAAAGCAAUUAUUCGGACUCCGAAUCUUAUUCUGAUGAUAACCAUAGAAGAAAACGCUCCCACAAACACCAUCAUCAUCACCAUAAACAUAGACACCAUCGCAGAUAG